UCUCUCUCUCUCUCUCUCUCUUCCCUUCAACCUCACUCCACGUCCCGCCCCAUUUUUAAAAACCCCACCCACCUCCACCCCUAUGGCCGAAACCCUAGCCACGCGAAUCCAGACCCCUCGCUCCAAUUCCCAUUCCUCUGCCCUUCUCACCAUCGCAGCCGAGCUCUACUCCUCCGGAUCUACCGAUCGAUCCGAGUCUGGCCUCUUCUCGUGAAAUCUAGGGUUUUACAAUUGGUAUCGUCGUCUUACCUCUCCUUUAGCGUAGAUCUAGGGUAAUAAUGGUGGAUAUAGUAUCCUCCUCGGGGAGGUUCCACUUCGCGCAGCAUCGGCGGUGGCUCCCGGGGCUCGUCUCCUCGUACAAGACCCUCUUCGCCUCGCUGUGGGUCGCCGUGUUCAUGGCGGUUUUCUUGUGGCAGAGCAGCUCCAUUGGGAGCGGGAUCGGGUACUUCGGGUGGGCGACGCCGCCGCCGAUGAGGACGGUCCCUAGGCUCAGGGCGGUGGCGUACAAUCUCACGGAUUUUGGGGGGGUCGGCGACGGGAAGACGCUCAACACCGAGGCGUUCGAGCGCGCGGUGGCGGCGAUCGCGCGGCUCGCGAGGAAGGGCGGGGGGCAGCUCAAUGUGCCUCCCGGGCUCUGGCUCACGGCGCCCUUCAAUCUCACGAGCCACAUGACCCUCUUCCUCGCGGAGGGGGCUGAGAUUCUUGGGUUACAGGAUGAGAAUUAUUGGCCAUUAAUGCCUCCAUUGCCAUCCUAUGGGUAUGGAAGGGAGCAUAAGGGACCUCGGUAUGGGAGCCUUAUUCAUGGCCAAAAUUUGAAGGACGUGGUUAUAACAGGACACAAUGGUACCAUAAAUGGACAGGGCCAAAGUUGGUGGACAAAAUAUAAAAGAAGGAUUCUCAAUUAUACAAGGGGGCCUCUUGUACAGUUGAUGUGGUCAAGGGACAUCAUCAUUUCAAAUAUAACUCUGCGAGAUUCUCCAUUCUGGACGCUUCAUCCCUAUGACUGCAAGAAUGUAACUGUCUCGAAUGUUACCAUCUUGGCUCCAGUUUCUGGGGCUCCAAACACAGAUGGAAUAGAUCCAGAUUCUUGUGAAGAUAUGGUGAUAGAGAAUUGUUACAUAUGUGUCGGUGAUGACGGAAUAGCAAUAAAGAGUGGUUGGGAUCAGUAUGGAAUUGCAUAUGGGCGUCCGUCUGCUAAUAUUUUGAUCCGUAAUGUCACAGUUCGCUCCGUUGUGAGUGCAGGAGUAUCGAUUGGCAGUGAGAUGUCGGGUGGAGUUUCGAACGUUUCGAUAGAAAACCUUCACGUCUGGGAAUCAAGGCGUGCUGUACGGAUAAAGACAGCCCCUGGAAGAGGGGGCUAUGUCCGUGACAUCUCCUACCGCAAUUUAACUUUCGACAAUGUCCGUGUUGGGAUAGUUAUAAAGACCGACUACAAUGAGCACCCCGAUGAGGGCUUCGAUCCAAAAGCAGUCCCUGUCCUUAAGAACAUAUCCUAUGUCCAAGUCCACGGGUACGGCGUACGAGUGCCGGUUCGGAUUCACGGUAGCGAGGAGAUACCUAUAAAGGACAUUACUUUCCAGGAUAUAUCGAUUGGGAUCACAUACAAGAAGAAGCACAUCUUCCAGUGCUCCUUUGUUGAAGGCCGCGUCAUUGGCUACGUUUUCCCCACGCCAUGCGAAAAUUUGGACCUAUAUGACGAGCAUGGACGGCUAGUUAAAAGAUCAAUGUCGCAGAACAGCACCGAUAUUGAUUACGACGUUUGAAAGCAUGAAUUGCUUUUUCUUUUCAUGUUUUCUCCUUUCAAAGUUGUUACAUUUUUAAAACAUUUGUACCCUCUCUUUUCGUCUUGUACAUAGAGAAUAUUCUAUUGUUCAUUUCGCAGGUAUGUCACGAUAUGCAUGCGUUUGCUGGGGCAUUUGCAGAACUUAAUUUUCUUCUGUUUUUUUUUUUUUUUUGUUUUGUUUUUUUCUAUGGAGAUUGCACCAUGGAUUAAACUCGGCAGAUUAUUAAGCAGCAGCUUAUAUCUCUUUUAAAAUGUUAUUUUUUUAAUGGAGUUUGCAGAAA